UCCGUGAAUGUACAAGUUCUCGCGAUUGCACACUAUCUCAGUGAAGAAAGGAAAACAUUACGAAAAAAUCGGAACUCAAUGGAUUAAGGCAGAACACCUUGAUUCUUUGAAGACAUCCUCCACAUGUGAAGCUCAUCACUGGCUCACUGUAUUCCGUCCUCUCUGCCCCCCACUGUCUUCAAUGAUGUAGAUGAACUUUAUCGUCUGUGCAGCAGUUCCUCUUCUAUUGCCUUCUGUGGAUUCCUGCCCAGAUGUCCAUGUCUCCUUUCCUUCACACUUUACCACCCUGAGUCUGGAACAUCACCUCUCCUGAGUCGAACCAGUGACUAUACCCCAGCUCAUCCCUGGUUGAACAGUCCACCUGCGUCUACUUCCUCCACCUUAAGGCAAUGCUGUUCUCUCUGCGGGAGCUGGUCCAAUGGCUGGGCUUUGCCACUUUUGAGCUCUUCCUCCAACUGGGGGCUCUGCUGGUUUUCAGCGUGCUGGUAGCGCUACGGGCCGACUUCUUUGACCCUGGGAUGAGCUGGUGGCUGGUCUUCAUCCCUCUGUUUGCCGCUGAUGGCCUCAGCACCUACUUCACAGCCAUCGUGUCCAUCCGGCUGUACCAGGAGAAUGAGAAAAGGCUGGCAGUGCUGAGGCUGCUAUGGGUGCUGACGGUGCUCAGCCUCAAGCUGGUGUGUGAGGUGCUGCUGUGCCAGAAGCUGGCAGAGCAGGAGCAGGCGCGCGAUCUGUGGUUCGGUCUCAUUGUCUCACCGCUCUUCAUCCUCCUGCAGCUGCUGAUGAUUCGUGCCUGCCGCGUCAACUGAGGCCAGGGGCGGUUUUGUUUAGCAACAAAAUCGAUGCGUGCGCAACUAUGGGGGGAAAAAAACCCAGACCGGGUUGGGCAAAUUUGGUUGUGUAUCAGCAGUUUUUCUCAUGUUAUGUCAGUCACUCAAAUUAUACCAUGUC